AUCCCCACGAUGAGGACGAUGCCACGCGUAUGAGGUCCGCGAGCCAACGCGAGCCUACAAGCCCGCCGACGCAGCGUCGCGUCCGCUCAUUCAUCGCGCGUACUCCUCGUGGACGGUGUGUGUGUCUUCCCGCUUCUCCCGUCCUCGUCCCGUCGACGUCUUCGUCCUAGCCGAGGUAGGCCGCGCUUUCAACCCGCAGGGAACGCCAAGGGAAAAGAGGAAAAAGAGAUCCAGAGAUAGACGGGGAUAAAAAAAGAGAGAGAGAGAGAGUGAGGUAUAUCCCGAUCAGCAUGAGAUUCGUCGGUGGAUUCUGUUUGGCGGCACUCUGCCUGGCCGCGACCUCCCUCGCCAAGGUCGAGACCGAGGACGGGGUCCUCGUGGUCACCAAGGACAACUUCGAGAGCGUCGUCCAGGACAACGACUACGUGCUCCUCGAGUUCUAUGCUCCUUGGUGCGGACACUGCAAAGCAUUGGCGCCCGAGUACGCUAAGGCGGCAAAGAAAUUGGAGGAGGCUAACUCGCCGAUCAAACUGGGCAAGAUAGAUGCGACAAUCGAGACGGAACUCACUGAGAAACACCUAGUGAGGGGAUAUCCCACUCUCAAGUUUUACCGUAAAGGAGCCCAGGUCGACUAUACCGGUGGUCGUCAGGCCGACGAGAUUGUAAAUUGGCUGCUCAAGAAGACUGGCCCGCCUGCCAAAGACCUGCCCACGGUUGAUGAAGCCAAGGCGUUCAUCGACGCGCAUAAAGUCACCAUUGUUGGAUUCUUUAAGGAUGUGGAAAGUGAUGCCGCCAAGGUGUUCUUGGAAGUUGGCAGCACGGUGGACGAUCAUGUGUUUGGUAUUACAAGCGCCGACGAAGUCUUUAGCGAACACGGAAUUGAAGAUGGAAAGAUCGUGCUGUUUAAGAAGUUUGAUGAAGGUAAAGCUGUCUUUGAUGGAGAGCUUACGCCCGUAGCCUUGCAGAACUUUAUCUCCGUACAUUCGUUACCUCUGGUUGUUGAAUUCAACCAGGACACGGCACAGAAGAUCUUCAGCGGAGACAUCAAGAGCCACUUGUUGGUGUUCCUCAGUAAAGAGGCCGGUCACUUUGAGAAAUACGUCGAAGGUAUUCACGAGCCGGCGAAGAAAUACCGUGGCGAGGUCCUGUUUGUGACAAUCGAUUGUGAUGAGACCGAUCACGAACGUAUCCUGGAAUUCUUCGGUUUGAAGAGAGAGGAUGUGCCCGCUAUGCGGCUUAUCAAGCUCGAACAAGACAUGGCUAAGUACAAGCCCGAAAAUCCAGAGUUGACCACCGAGAAUGUCCUAGCAUUUGUUACCGCUUUCAUGGAGGGCCAAUUGAAGAGACACCUGCUUACGCAAGACUUGCCAGAGGACUGGGAUAAGAGCCCGGUGAAGGUUCUUGUCGGCACCAACUUCCACGAAAUUGCCCAUGAUAAGGAAAAGGAUGUUUUCGUUGAAUUCUACGCACCUUGGUGUGGUCAUUGUCAGCAGUUAGCGCCCAUUUACGAGAAGCUCGGCGAAAAAUACAAGGACAACGACAAGUUGGUCAUCGCGAAGAUGGAUGCCACUGCUAACGAGUUGGAGGACAUAAAGAUCAGCAACUUCCCCACGCUCAUACUCUACAAGAAGGGGACGAAUGAAGGUGUGGAAUAUAACGGUGAGAGGACACUCGAAGGUCUUUCCCAAUUCAUUGAAAGCGGUGGGUCGUACGGCGAAGCUGCAGAAGAGGAUCGCAGACAUACGGAAGUAAUGGACCGUACAUUGAACUUGUCAGGUUUGUACGAACUGUUACAUAACACUUUGCUAAUCACGGAGGAAGUGAAGGAAAUAUUGAGACGAGACUGUGACGAAGCAGCAUUCGUUUUAAAGCCGUGGCAGGUGAAAACCGUCGUUGAGAAACAAACCGACGGAAGCAUCUGUAACUGUAAAAAAAAUGAAGAUGAAGCUGAGGAGAUCGCCGCGGGGAUAGGUAGAGCGAUCAUUCUGGCGCAAGAGUUGCGGGAAAAAUUGAAGUUUAACGUAGCGUCAAAGAAGAAAGUCUCAAGGAAGGACACGGUUGAAAGUAUUUAUUUAUCCAAUCCUGCGUCGACUAGCGAUCGUAGGAAAGUAUCGAAGAACAAUAUUACAACGAAAAACGUAAAUAUCGCGAAAAGCCCCGAGUGUAAAAAAUCAAGUGCACCUCAAAACGACAAAGUAACUUCCGUCGUGACGAGAAAAUCUGUCGGCGGUACAAAGCAGAGUAACGCACUUAAUAAAAUGCAGUCAAAGGUAUCGUCUGCAAAAGUUACAGGAAAGUCAAAGAAAGGAAAAAAUUUUAUACUGGAAAAUAAAUUGAACGUUAAAAAGAUAAGCUCGACAAAUAAAUCACAAGUUGGCGAUAGUAAUUCUAAUGAUAUCUCACAAAAUUCGAGAAAGUCUCUGUCACCUGAAGCAUCAGCUGCUGAAUUAAGCGACUUGAUACACAAAAUGACACGACAAUCUACCGAGAGCGCUUCAAUUUCUUCUCCUGAGAAGAUUAAAAACGAUUGUCCAUUGCAUGGGAAUAAUUCGCGUCAAUCCGUUCAAGAACAGAUUGUAGCAAUAGAUGUAGUGGAAGCGCUCCAGCAUUUUAAUGUGCCGAAUGAUGUUGUUAAGGUACUGAGAACUUACCACGCGUUUUUAAAAACUGAAGGAGAUAAUUUGAACGACACUAAAGAAACUAGAUACAAGAAAUCGGUCGAUACUUUUCUAAAAGAAUUUGAAGCGAUGAAUAUAGCUAUGCAAGAUCAUAUGUUAGAAGAUUCUCAUUUGCUUAAUAAGGCAGCAAAAUCGAUAACUGCAUUUAGUAGCAUUUUUAGCGAAGAUUUAGAUUCGAUCCAAUCCAAUGACAUGAAAAUCAUCACUUCCACCGAGCUGGAAGCCUCGUUCAAACAGCAUGAUAUUAAGAAUAUUGCAGAACCGAUUAUAAAAAACCCAUCCUGUGAUUUUUCCUUAUCAAGAGAAUGGAUGUCGAACGGCGUUUGGAAUAUUUCCUGUAUGGAGCACUUUAAAAAUUUUUCUAAAGCAUAUAACAUAAAGUACUGUAACAAGAAGCAAUUAUUGUCGCUAUACGAAGCUAUACAAAAAUUGCAGCGCACCAAGUACCUGAAUACAUUGACCCAAAUUGUUUUACGCGACGUGAUACCCACCGUAAAAUCUAACAUCGAGCCUGCGAGCGCGGAGUACGCGCAAGCGUAUAAGACAAUGUUUAUUCUCUAUCAAGGUCUAAAUCCCGAAGUGCCGGUCUUAGUGAGGACCGAUGGCUAAGUUUCACACUAUGAU